AUGGCCACACAGACACCCGCAAAGCUCAACCCCGCCCUCGCUUGGUACCUCGGACACCUUGCAGCCCGGCCACUGUUCACCAAAGCCUGCACCGCCGGCACGCUCUCCUUCUUCCAAGAGAUCAUCGCCGGACGACUCGCCGGAGUCCCCCCCGUAAAAGUCAAACGCACAGGCCUGCCCCCUCUUGACAUCCUCAGAGCCAACGAACGUGCUGUCAAGCUCGCUAUCUACGGUUUCUUGAUCUCCGCACCGCUUGGUCAUGCACUCCUCAAUGCACUUCAAAAGGCCUUUGCAGGCGUCGAAGGCGCCAAGGGCAAGAUCGGGAUGAUCCUCGCGAGCAACAUCGUCGUCUCGCCGAUUCAGAACUCAGUCUAUCUUGCGGCCAUGGCUGUCAUCAACGGCGCGAGCUCGCCUGACGCUGUCUUGCGCUUUGUCAAAGUUGCCUUCUUGCCUCUCAUGCGGAUCAGCUGGGUUGUGUCUCCGCUCUGCCUCGUCAUCGCUCAACGCUUCUUGCCGCCCGAAACCUGGGUGCCCUUCUUCAACGCAGUCAGCUUCGUGCUCGGCUGCUUCUUCAACGCGCAAGCCAAGAAGAAACAGAUGGCCAUGCUUCGAAGAGAGCAAGCCAAGAAGAACGUCACCGAUCGCAAGGGUCAAUAGACUCCCGCGUCUGACCUCAAGCUGUAAAGGAUAGUCAUGAUGCACACGCU